AUGAGUGUUUCGACGAAGGAUGUGGGCCACGAUAUCUCUCGCAUCCGGAAGGCUCAACUGGGAGAUCUCCUUUCGCCAUCGAAAAAACUAAAAAUUGUCGAGAGAUACCGGAUGACUGGCCAAGACUUUCGAACGCGCUUUGCUAGCAGUUCGCUUGACAGCCUUUCCGCCAACAGACGUAUUCAAAGUCUUGAACAUGAUAUUAAUGAACUUCAGGAAUCGCUAGCAUCGACAAACAAGCACAUCAUGGUUUUCAAAACAUCCAUGUCGAACAAAGAGUUGGAGAACUGCAAACUUGAAGAUGAUAUGGUGAAGUUAGAUCAGGAGCUAGAGCAUUCUCUGAAUGACGUGGAAAAAUUGCAGGAGUACGAGGCCGAUUCCUUGCUAUCGUUACAGAAGAUGUAUGAACGAAGAAUAAAGGAGCAGAACGUAUGUCACGAUGAGAGAUUAAUGAAAUUGAAAGAAGAUACUUCCGAUACCAUCAAAGCUGCGAUAGUCAAAGCAAAGCAGGAUGCUUUGCAAAAAAAGCUGCUUCUUCAGACUGAAGUUUCCAGCCUAAACAUCAGUAUUCGGGGACAUUCUACUGAUACCACUAGAAAGCUUAUAAAACUCAAAGAAGAUCACCAUAAGAAGCUUCUUGAAUUAAAGGCUAAUAUGGACCAAAUUAUUACCGAGCUCAGCCAAGAGAAAGAAAUUAUAGAAAAGGAGACAAGUAACAAAGAAGCAGAUCUUGAACAUCUUAGAAGCAUUUCCAUCGUCAAUUUACAACUGGAGGUUGAUUCGUUGAAUCUCAAAUUAACUACAUUGAGAAAUCAGUAUGCACAAAACGAAACAGAGAUUAAACAGUUGAAAGAGAGUCUACAUACAAUGCAUCAAAAAGUUGAAGAGCUCCGAUCCUCUUGUGGCUCAAAAUUGAAAGUGAUUGAGGAGUAUCGGACGUCUGCAUCGGUCUUGAAAAGUCACUUUCCAUUGCUAGAGGAACAAAGACGAGUGUUGCACAACAGAGUACAGGAGAUCAAGGGUAACAUACGUGUGUUCUGCAGAAUAAGACCCGUGGCUGAUGGUUCCGACUCGCUUUCAUCCUUCCAAUUAUCUGCUGAAGGUAACCUCAAUGAACACGGUAAAGAGGUUCUUACAGUCUCUAAUUCUGAAACGCCACUGAAUAGCACGCAAUUCUAUCUUUCCAGCAAAAAGCUGAAUGCUUAUCAAUUUCAGUUUGACAAACUAUUUGGAAUGGAAAAGUCAAACCUUGAUAUUUUUCCCGAAAUUUCCCAACUUAUCCAGUCAUCACUCGAUGGUUACAAUGUUUGCGUAUUUGCGUACGGCCAAACUGGAUCUGGAAAAACUUGGACAAUGGCACACAAAGAUGAUGGAAUGAUUCCCCUCUCUUUCAAAAAGAUCUUUGAGGAUAUCAAUGACUUAAAAGCACAAGGUUGGGUUUAUGAUGUAGAAGGUCAAUUUGUGGAGAUCUACAAUGAGCAGAUCGGAGACUUGCUCGCAGCUUCACAUGGCAACAUUAAAUGUGAAAUCAAACAUGAUGAUGAAUCAAAGCACACGACGGUGACAAAUGUCACAACUGCCAAAAUGCAUUCGGAAGAGGAAGCAUUAAGAUUCCUCGUAAACGCUACAAAGAAUAGGUCGACGGCAAGUACCAUGGCUAAUGAGAGAUCUUCAAGGUCCCAUUUGGUGUUCAUGCUCAAAAUCAAAGGUGUUCAUCACAAACUGGGAAAAGUGAGUGCGGGCACUCUUAACCUUAUUGAUUUAGCUGGUUCUGAGCGGCUAAAAAGCUCGCAAGCCAAAGGUAGUCGAUUGAAAGAAACCCAAUCAAUUAAUAAAUCUCUCUCGUGUCUUGGAGAUGUUAUAAGUGGAUUGGCACAAAAUAAUGCCCAACAUAUCCCCUACAGAAACUCAAAGCUCACUUAUCUUUUGAAACACAGCUUGGGAGGGGAUUCGAAAACGCUCAUGUUCGUGAACAUUUCGCCUUUAAAAGCCAACUUGAGCGAAUCCAUCAAUUCGCUUCGAUUUGCCACAAAGGUGAAUAGUACGAAGUUGCAAUGA